AUGUCAAUGGCAAGCUUUAUCGUUGGAUCCAGUUCAAGUGGCCUCCAUAUUAGGCCUUAUUCUAAGGUUCAGACUUUGUCUUGGAAUCCCAUUUCUAAGUUGGGUUUCUCAAAACAGAAGGAUCCAAGCUGUGUUUGGAGCAACAGUUUAGUACAGUGCAGUAACAAAAACACAAGGAACUUCGUCGUUUAUGCUAGCAGUGUACCAGGAGUUCCCUCCCCUUCUGGGCCACCUUCAAACUCCAUUAGGAGCUGGAUUCUGGGAUUGGUGGUAUCAUUAGUUCUACCCUUUUUCAGUCACAAAUUGGGUCCACUGUGGGUACUUAAAAAUAGAAUUGAAAAUGUCGUGGAACAAGUGGAACAAAUGGUGGAAGUGGUGGAGAAAGUGGCGGAAGAAGUUGAUAAAAUCGCAGAUGAUAUAAUGGAUGAUCUUCCUGAAGGACAACUUAAAAAUUUGGUAAAUCAUAUUGAUGAUAUGGCUGAAAAAACAGCUAAGAAUGCUGAUGCAAUUGGAGAUCUAAUCGACAAGGUUCAAGAAGCUGAGGAUAAAUUGGAGUCCUUUGUUGAAUCUCUUGAUGAUGAAGCCAACAAGUCUCCUACAGAAGCAAAAUAG